AGCCCUUUUUGCGCACGCGCACACAUUGUGGGGGCCGCCCCAGCCGCCGGCUCCCCCACCGCAGCUCUAUGGUCUCUCCCUAGAGCUUUGCCGUUGGGGGCAGCUGCUGCGGUCCUGUGGCUUCGUCCGCCCGGUGCAGCAGCAACAUGGAGGAAUUCGAUUCUGAAGACUUCUCCACCUCAGAGGAGGACGAAGACUACGUGCCGUCGGGUGGAGAGUAUAGUGAAGAUGAUGUAAAUGAAUUAGUGAAGGAAGAUGAAGUGGAUGGUGAAGAGCAGACACAGAAAACCAAAGGGAAAAAAAGAAAGGCUCAGAGCAUUCCAUCCAGGAAGAGAAAACAAGGUGGCCUCUCAUUAGCAGAAGAAGACGAGGAGGACGCCAACCAGGACUCCGAGGGAAGUAGCAGUGAGGACGGAGAUGCAGCUGCGGAGCAGGAAAAGGACGUUGGCUCAGACGACGCGAGGAGGAAGAAGGAGGAUGAGCUCUGGGCCAGCUUCCUCAACGAUGUAGGACCAAAGCCAAAAGUGCCCCCAAAUACACAAGUUAAAAGUGGAGGGAAGACUGAAGGGACGGGUUCAAGUAAAUUGCUGGUCAGAGCAGAAGAGCUGGAGAAACCUAAAGAAACUGAAAAAGUUAAAAUCACCAAGGUGUUUGAUUUUGCUGGUGAAGAAGUCAGGGUGACUAAGGAAGUGGAUGCAACAUCUAAAGAAGCCAAAUCUUUCUUCAAGCAAAACGAGAAAGAAAAGCCACAGGCGGCUGGCCCCGCAGCUGUGCCGUCACUCCCUGCGGGGUCCGGGUUAAAAAGAUCAAGUGGCAUGACCAGCCUUUUGGGGAAAAUUGGAGCUAAGAAGCAGAAGAUGAGCACCCUAGAGAAGUCCAAGUUGGACUGGGAGAGCUUCAAGGAGGAGGAGGGCAUUGGUGAAGAACUAGCCAUCCAUAAUCGAGGGAAGGAAGGGUACAUCGAACGGAAGGCUUUUCUAGACCGAGUGGACCACAGGCAGUUUGAAAUCGAGCGAGAUCUCAGGCUGAGCAAAAUGAAACCCUGAUGUUAUAGGGGGAAAUCAGUAGCAGCUUAAUCCUGUUUACAAUGUGAGCUUCUUGUGCGUCUGUGAAAUGUUUCCGGUGUUUCUCAUCACCUGUUUCCCAGCAAGGUCUUUUUUCUACGUUGAACUUUCUGUCUUUGUAUCUUGACCUCACAUGGUUUCAUUCAUUUUACCUUUAAAAGUUUGUCCUUACAAAAAUAAAAAUAAAAGUUGGUCCUACAAGAGGCUGGCGAA